AUUGCCAAGUCGGGCACCAAGGCUUUCAUGGAGGCCCUGCAGGCCGGGGCUGAUAUCUCCAUGAUUGGCCAGUUCGGUGUGGGUUUCUACUCUGCCUACCUGGUGGCAGAGAAAGUGACUGUCAUCACCAAGCACAACGAUGACGAGCAGUACGCCUGGGAGUCCUCAGCCGGUGGCUCCUUCACAGUCAAGGUGGAUGCAAGUGAACCACUGGGCCGUGGUACAAAGGUGAUUCUGCACCUGAAGGAAGACCAGACUGAAUACCUGGAGGAGCGGAGGGUCAAAGAAAUUGUGAAGAAACAUUCCCAGUUCAUUGGAUACCCCAUUACACUGUUUGUUGAGAAAGAGCGUGACAAGGAAGUGAGUGACGACGAGGCUGAAGAGGAGAAGGACAAGGAGGAGAAAGAGGAGAAGAGUGAGGAGGACAAGCCUGAGAUUGAGGAUGUGGGCUCCGAUGAGGAGGAGGAUGAGAAGAAGUCCACUGACAAGAAAAAGAAGAAGAAGAUAAAGGAGAAGUACAUUGAUCAGGAGGAACUGAACAAGACCAAGCCCAUCUGGACCCGCAACCCUGAUGACAUCACAACAGAGGAGUACGGCGAGUUCUAUAAGAGCCUCACCAAUGACUGGGAGGACCACCUGGCUGUGAAGCAUUUCUCGGUGGAAGGACAGCUUGAGUUCAGGGCAUUGCUGUUUGUGCCAAGACGUGCACCUUUUGACUUGUUUGAGAACAAGAAGAAAAAGAACAACAUCAAGCUGUAUGUGCGCAGAGUCUUCAUCAUGGAUAACUGUGAUGAGCUGAUCCCAGAGUAUCUCAAUUUCAUCAAGGGUGUGGUGGACUCUGAAGAUCUGCCCCUCAACAUCUCCAGAGAGAUGCUGCAGCAGAGCAAGAUCUUGAAAGUCAUCCGCAAGAACCUGGUGAAGAAAUGCCUGGAGCUCUUCACUGAGCUGGCCGAGGACAAGGACAACUACAAAAAAUACUACGAGCAAUUUUCCAAGAACAUAAAGCUUGGCAUCCAUGAGGACUCUCAGAAUCGCAAGAAGCUGUCUGAGCUACUGAGGUACUACACCUCUGCCUCAGGAGAUGAGAUGGUCUCCCUGAAAGACUAUGUCACCCGAAUGAAGGACAACCAGAAACACAUCUAUUACAUCACAGGAGAGUCCAAGGAGCAGGUGGCCAACUCUGCUUUUGUGGAGCGUCUGCGCAAGGCUGGCCUGGAGGUGAUAUACAUGAUCGAGCCCAUUGAUGAGUAUUGUGUCCAGCAGCUCAAGGAGUUUGAGGGAAAGAACUUGGUGUCUGUGACCAAAGAGGGACUGGAGCUGCCUGAGGAUGAAGAGGAGAAGAAGAGGCAGGAGGAGAAGAAAGCCCAGUUUGAGAACCUCUGCAAGAUCAUGAAGGACAUUCUUGAAAAGAAGGUGGAAAAGGUUGCUGUUUCAAACAGGUUGGUCUCCUCUCCCUGCUGCAUUGUCACCAGCACCUACGGCUGGACUGCCAACAUGGAGAGGAUCAUGAAGGCCCAAGCUCUGAGGGACAACUCCACCAUGGGCUACAUGGCAGCUAAGAAGCACCUGGAGAUCAACCCAGAGCACCCCAUCAUCGAGACACUCAGGCAGAAAGCGGAGGUUGACAAGAAUGACAAGUCCGUGAAGGACCUGGUGAUCCUGCUGUUCGAGACUGCACUGCUGUCCUCCGGCUUUUCAUUGGAUGAUCCACAGACGCAUGCAAACCGCAUCUACAGGAUG